GCAAACCAAACCUAAUUAUUGGGCAUUCGAUAGGUACGCAUUUUUUUCACCAUUUCAAUUUCUAAAAUGAGUUUAGGGCUUCUACAAAACACUCUUCUUCCACGCUUCUCUGCUACUCCACUUUCCAUCUCUCAAUCCCACAAUCUAUUAUUGUUCACAUUUCCCCACAAUAAGAAUACCACUUUCACAGGACGAGGGAGUUUAAUUUUGAGAGCUCAGAUUCCUUGCAAUAAAAGCGAAUUAAUACCGGUAAUCACAGAAUCAAUGGAUUUAAAGAAAGAGGUUCAAGAGUUAAACAAGAAUCUUUACGAACAUAUAGAGCCAUAUGCUACUGGUUUUUUGAAAGUUUCUGAUCUUCACACUAUCUACUGGGAGCAAUCUGGGAAUCCUUCUGGCCAUCCAGUUGUAUUUCUCCAUGGGGGCCCAGGAGGUGGAACUGCACCAAGUAAUAGAAGAUUUUUUGACCCUGAAUUUUAUCGCAUUAUUCUUUUUGAUCAGAGAGGAGCUGGUAAGAGUACACCUCAUGCUUGUUUGGAGGAGAACACAACAUGGGAUCUCAUUAAAGAUAUUGAAAAACUAAGAGAACACCUUGAAAUCCCCGAAUGGCAGGUGUUUGGUGGCUCAUGGGGAAGCACACUUGCUCUUGCAUACAGCCAAUCCCACCCUGAUAAGGUGACUGGGAUAGUUCUUAGAGGGAUCUUUUUAUUGAGGAAGAAAGAGAUUGAUUGGUUUUAUGAAGGUGGUGCUGCAGCAAUCUACCCUGAUGCUUGGGAGCCAUUUAGGGAUCUUAUACCAGAAAAGGAAAGAGACUGCUUUGUGAAUGCUUACCAUAAGAGAUUGAACUCCCCUGACAUAAACACACAAUAUGCAGCUGCAAGAGCUUGGACUAAAUGGGAAAUGAUGACUGCUCAUUUGCUGCCAAAUGAAGAGACUAUUAAGAGAGGGGACAAUGAUGCUUUCUCUCUGGCUUUUGCAAGGAUUGAGAACCAUUACUUUGUGAACAAGGGAUUCUUUUCAACAGAUUCAUACCUCUUGGAUAAUGUUGACAAGAUCAAGCAUAUCAAUGCUGUAAUUGUCCAAGGAAGAUAUGAUUGUUGCUGCCCCAUGAUGUCAGCAUGGGAUCUGCAUAAAGUUUGGCCCGAAGCUGAAUUUAAGGUGGUUGCAGAUGCAGGGCAUUCUGCUAAUGAACCAGGCAUAGCAGCAGAACUUGUAGCAGCAAAUGAAAAGCUCAAGAACAUCAUCAAGACAAGAUAAAAUAGAUACAAUUUUGGACACAACACAAUUAGCAUUGCAUUUUUGAAUUCCCAUGUAUGAGAUCAUAAAUCCUCUUUGCAUAAGAAUCAAUCAAUUGGAUAAUUGAACAAAUGAAUGUCAUGGAACAAAAACUGAAAUUCAAUGAAUGAUUGAGGAUAUAGAGAUCUUACAUACAACAUAAAAACCACCAACCACCAUGGAAGGAAGGAAUUGAUGCAACUUUAAGCAGUUUUCUUGAAGCAACCCCUUGGCAGAUGUGAGGUGUGAAAAUUCGGUUCUUUAGCAAUAGUCACAGACAGCUUUCCUUUUGGAGCAGAAGCUGCUCUACUUUUGUUCACUGCCACCUCAUCACUGGUUAAUUUACAAGAUUUCUCCUUUAUUACACCCAAUUGCUGACCUGGCCUCCUAAUCUUCUUCCUAGGUGAAGCAACCCUGC